CAGGAUUUGUAUUUUUCUCAGUCAGUCGCUCAGGUGUUGAUCUCUGAUCAGGUAUCGAUCUCUGAUCAGGUGUGUCGUCACGUCUGUUUGGUCCACCUGUCGUAGAAGCAUGCUGCGCGUGAGGACGGCCGUGAGCCAGUCCUGGAGGGGGUUCAAAACGUUCCCUUGUGCGGCUGUGGAGGUGAAGAAUGAGCCGAUCCUGGGUUUCACCGAGGGCAGUGCCGAGAGAAAAGAGCUGCUAAAGGCCUUGAACAGUCUGAAGGGGAAGACGGAGGAGAUCCCAUGCGUGGUCGGAGACGAACAUGUGUGGACCAAAGACAUCAGAUAUCAGCUAUCUCCGUUCAAUCACUCCCAUAAAGUGGCAAAGUUCUGUUAUGCUGACAAGGAGCUGAUCAACAGAGCCAUCCUGGCGUCAGUGGCGGCGAGGAGAGAGUGGGACCUGAAGCCCGUCCAGGACCGAGCCCAGGUUCUCUUCAAGGCAGCCGACGUCAUCAGUGGACCCAAGAGGGCAGAGAUCCUCGCCAAGACCAUGAUCGGACAGGGUAAGACGGUGGUCCAGGCGGAGAUCGACGCCGCUGCAGAGCUGAUUGACUUCUUCAGAUUUAAUGCCAAACAUGCCAUUGAGCUGGAGAACCAGCAGCCGCUAGAUGCCGAGGGAAGCACGAACACCAUGCUGUAUCGUGGACUGGAGGGGUUUGUAGCAGCUGUGGCCCCUUUUAACUUCACGGCUAUUGGUGGAAACCUUGCAGGAACGCCAGCUGUGAUGGGUAACGUCGUGCUGUGGAAGCCCAGCGACACCGCCAUGUCUGCCAGCUACGCCGUCUACAAAGUCCUGAGGGAGAGUGGCCUCCCCCCAAACAUCGUCCAGUUCCUGCCGGCCGACGGUCCGGUGUUCGGAGACGCCGUCACCUCCUCUGAGCACCUGGCGGGCAUCAACUUCACCGGCAGCGUCCCGACGUUCAAGCGUCUUUGGAAGCAGGUCGCCCAGAACCUGGACUCCUACAGGAAUUUCCCUCGAGUGGCAGGAGAGUGCGGCGGGAAGAACUUCCACUUCGUCCACAAGUCAGCGGAUGUGGAGAGCGUGGUGAAGGGAACGAUCCGCUCGGCGUUCGAGUACGGAGGUCAGAAGUGUUCCGCCUGCUCCAGGAUGUACGUACCAGACAGCCUGUGGCCGCAGAUCAGGGAUCAGCUGCUGGUCAUUCACCGGCAGCUCACUGUGGGAAACCCUGUUGAAGACUUCAGCACCUACUUCUCGGCUGUGAUCGACGACAAGUCGUUUGCUCGGAUUAAGAAGUAUCUCGACCACGCCAAGUCCUCCUCCAGUUUGAAAGUCAUCGCCGGCGGUAACUGUGACGACAGCAAGGGCUACUUCGUGGAGCCGACCAUCAUCGAGACCACGGACCCUCGGGACGCCAUCAUGAGCGAGGAGAUCUUCGGGCCUGUUCUGGCGGUUUACGUGUAUCCAGAGAACAACUACAAAGAGGUGCUGCAGCUGGUAGACAACACGUCGCCCUACGCUCUGACGGGAGCGGUGUUCGCCCAGGACAAGAAUGUGAUUGACGAGGCGGCUAAAGCCUUGAGGAACGCUGCGGGGAACUACUACGUGAACGAUAAAUCCACCGGCUCCGUCGUCGCUCAGCAGCCGUUUGGUGGAGCCAGAGCUUCAGGAACGAACGACAAACCCGGAGGUCCACACUACGUCCUGAGAUGGACGUCGCCGCAGGUGGUGAAGCAGACCCACGUCCCCCUCACGGACUGGAAGUACCCCUACAUGGGCUGAGUGCGGUGCUGCUGCCUGCUGGUCCAGUCAGAGCCCACCCCGCUGCACCAGCUGAUUCUCUGAUCGCCACCAUCAACAACAUGUGGGCUUUCUGUGAGAUGAAAGGAAAAGCCUUGAAUGUAUCCAAAAGGAGCAGAAUCUGCAGCAGAGUGGUGAGAAAGUCUUCCAUCCAUCGAACUGGAGCUCCGUCCCGACGAUCCUCUUCACACUGUAUCCGCCCGUUUCUGACGCUGCUGGUUCAUUAAUUAGUUGUUUAAUAAUCAUGUUUGUGGUCAAGACAAACUGUCUAUUAAUGCUCAACUAUAUAUAUAUUGUUCAAAAUGAUUCGCAAACAUUUAUGCUAAUUGGUUAAUAAUUUGAGUUGUUCUUUUAACUCAAAUAAAAACAAAAAUCUAGCUUCUGAAUUAUGAUCAUUUUCUUACUUUUCGAUGAUAAUAAACUGACACGAUACAAUAAUAUCUUUGCGUUUUGGACGGUUGGUACAAAACAUUGAAAGAUUUUUAGCUUGAAUGAUUAAUCGUGAGAAUACCUGAUAGAUUUGCAGCCCCGCAUUGAAUUCAAAUAUUAUUUUAGGUCAAUGUCGGAACAUAAAAAAAGUCUUCCUCCUAUGUUACAUCUCUGAACACAAAGCCCAUUAAUGUUUACUGUUACCGUCCAUUUAUAAUAAUCUAAAUAACUUCAGAGAUCUGUGUGAAACAGUUUGUUUCCUCUUUUGUCCCAAAUUUGUCGCAGUGAAAUAUGUCCUAUGGUCAACAAUUCAGAUUAUAAAAACAAAAAAAAAACACGGCAGUUAUUUGCAGUUUAAUUAAAGUCACCUGUAAAACUGUCUUUAAGAUUUUAUGCAGAUGACUUUACUAUAUAUAUAUAUAUAUAUAUAUAUAUAUAAUUUAACCUGCUGUAAUUUCCCUUGUUACAUGUUGAAAUGUCCCUUUGCAUUUUUAAAGUGCUGAAAAUGUUCAUAAUGACUUAAAUUUCUGCUAGUUUGUCUUUUAUCAAACUGUAUGAGUAACAUAUAUUUUCUGAAGAGUAUUUUGUAUUUCAUCUCUUGCUGUUCUAAAACAAAUGCAGCCGAAUUGUAUUAUCAGAACAUGCCUGCCUUAGUAGCUGUGAAUUCAGAUAGUUAAUUUUUGACAAUAAAUAUUAAAUUAUUAAAAACUUAAUUUGG